AUGCCGGCUGAAACACGACUCGCCGGGCGAGGCCCACCAUCUCCGCCGCGAGAGGAAGCCGCGGCCCUCAAGGAUGGCAACAGAUCCUCCUCAUAUCUGGGGACGACGAAACGCCUGCCUGAGUUCAACCUGUCCGACCGCGUCGUGCUCGUCACGGGCGCGGCGCGAGGCCUCGGCCUCGUGCAAGCGGAAGCCCUGCUCGAAGCGGGCGCCACGGUCUACGCCCUGGAUCGAUUGGAGGAGCCGAGUGAGGAUUUCCAUCGCGUGCAACAGCGCGCUGCGGAAGAGCUCGGUACUUCCUUUCACUAUCGGCAGAUUGACGUGAGAGAUGUCGAGGCCUUGAACCAGAUUGUGAGGGACAUCUCCGAGUCGCAUGGGAGGCUUGACGGGUUGAUCGCCGCGGCUGGCAUCCAGCAGGAGACCCCGGCGCUGGACUACUCCCAGCAGGACGCCAACACCAUGUUCGAAGUCAACGUCACCGGUGUCUUCAUGACUGCGCAGGCCGUGGCCAAGGAAAUGAUCCGAUGGGGCAACGGUGGCAGUAUCGCCAUGAUCGCAUCGAUGAGUGGCACCGUCGCCAAUAAGGGUCUCAUAUGCCCUGCGUAUAACGCGAGCAAAGCGGCUGUGAUACAGCUCGGCCGUAACCUGGCCAUGGAGUGGGGUGUGCAUGGCAUCCGUGUCAACACCAUCUCGCCAGGCUACAUCGUCACCCAGAUGGUCGAGGCGCUCUUCGAGCAGUACCCCGAGCGACGCCGCGAUUGGCCUACGCAGAACAUGCUCGGGAAACUGAGCAUGCCGCACGAGUAUCGCGGUUGUGGUGUCUUCCUGAUCAGCGAUGCAUCCAGCUUCAUGACUGGCGCUGAUCUGCGGAUCGAUGGCGGACAUUGCGCGUGGUGA